AUGGCGACCAUCAGUGGCAGUCGCGGUGCUGUUUCCGCACAGGACGUUUCUGCCUCUCAUCCAUACACCUGCAAUACCUGUCAGGUAGCCUUCCGCAACAGCGACCUGCAGAAGGGUCACAUGAGGAACGACUGGCACCGAUACAACCUCAAGCGCCGCGUUGCGACUCUUCCGCCCAUCUCCUCCGAGGUCUUCACGGAAAAGGUCCUCCAGGCUCGAGCUUCCACUACCGCCGAGGCCGAACGCGCCGGUUUCCAGACAGAGUGCACCAUCUGCAACAAGACAUAUUACAGUGAGAACUCGUACCAGAACCACAUCGGGAGCCAGAAGCACAAGGCCAAGGCCGCUGCUCUGCUGAGGAAGGGCCGGAAUGGCGUCUCUGCCGAUGAUGCCAGCUCCAUGAUCAGCUCCACCUUCUCCCUUGGAGAUCCUGUCGCAUCCAACACCUCCGAGGUGGACUCGGAUGCCGAGGAGGAGUUCAGUCACAUCGUCGAGGGCAUGAAGAAGACCGGUAUAUCAGAGCAGCAAAAACGCCCAUCGCCAGUCAAGCGACCCUCCAACCCUCAGAUUUUGGCAAGGAGUCAGCACACGGUCGACCAUCCAGUUUCAGAGGCAUCCAGUGAACAGCAGUCGGUGACACCGACCCCAUCGAAGGCUGCUGACGAUGCACAAGCAAAACUGUCACUCAAAUCAUGCCUGUUUUGUAAUCACGAGUCUCCUGACGUGGCUCAAAAUGUCAGCCACAUGGAAAAGACUCACGGCAUGUUCAUCCCCGAGAAGCAAUAUCUGGUCGAUAUUGAGGGCUUGUUGCGAUCCCUGCAAGAGCGCAUACAGGAAUACCACGAAUGUUUGGUCUGCGGCAAGGCGAAGGCAAACGCCUUCGCGGCGCAAACGCAUAUGCGUGACACUGGCCACUGCAAGAUUCCCUACACCACCGAGGAUGAGCAGCUCGAGAUCGGAGAGUUCUACGACUUCCGCAGUACCUACUCUGACGAUGAGAUGGAUGAAGACUCGGACGACGAAGAAUCGCCACAAGCCGGAGGCGUAAAGCUUGGUGGCAAGCGGGCGGCAGUCACCACGAACGAGGACGGUGAGGAGAUCGAAGAAGCCGAGGAUGCAGGUUGGGAGACAGAUUCCUCGGCCUCAUCACUCGACUCGGCCGAUCUCACUGCUGUCCCUGCGGAGAAUCACUACCACCAGUACGAGCGAUUGGAGAAACAUGCGCACCACUCACGUAGUGAUUCGAGGCCUCAUCACCAGAAAGACGGUUGGCAUUCACACUCUCACAAACCCACUCGCGCAGUUUUCUACGACGAUUACGAACUUCACCUCCCAAGCGGCAGAGCUGUUGGUCAUAGAUCUCUGAACAAGUACUACCGCCAGAACCUUCGCGAGCGACCAUUCCUCGAGGGUUACCAACAGCAGCAGCUGGCUCUUGAGGACGGUGACUCGGAUGCCAUGGACAUUGAUGGCGAGGAGGGUGAGAAUGGUAAGCAGGUUGUCCUCAGCGGGCGCGUCCGUGACCAGAGAAGGCAGCUUGCGGGCCGCGGCGCCGAGGGUGGCGGUGGCAUGCUGGGUGUCUCGGACAAGAAGAAGAAGGAGGUCAGCAAGGCGGCUCAGCGAAGCCGCAAGGUGGAGCAUGCCCACCAGAGGAGGAAUGAGUGGUCGGUCAACAAGCAGGCGAACAACCAGAAGCACUACCACUACAGUAUCUUGUAG